AUGGAGAGAGAAUUAGAGACCCUGAUUGCCAUUAAGGGGCUUCCUUGGUUAGUAGGGAAGGACUUCCAGGUGAUUUACGAAGGAAGACCUGUCCAAACUAUUCUGUCAGAGAUUCACCCUGAUGGAACUUUCUCCGGAGUGGACGAACACGGUAACCGUUAUCCAGGCACCAUCGCUCCCGCGGAUGUGCGGAUCGGACGGGGUACUCGUCUGAACAACGACCCUGUGAUCGAGACUCUAAAGGAGUACAAGUUAGAGUGGGAACAGUACACGGUCGCCAUUCCUGGCUUCGGUGCCUUCCCAGCGCCUCCGCGCGAGCAGCCACAGCAAGGUGUCCGUCCUGAGGGGCAGGCGGCACGGUUCGGAGUUCCCCCUUAUGCACCAGGGUUUCAUCAGGCGGGACAAGGGCAGGCUGAAGUCAGGCCCCCCCAUGUCCAAAUUCCGCAGCAGAAUUACGCUUUUGGGAUGAAUCCUGAACAAACGCCGGCAGCGUUGGCUGCGCAGACGCCCGCCAUGAGAAUCCUGCAAGGGGGCCUGAACAACCCCUUUCACCCAGCCUCUACCGCACGGCUGGAGAAGACGAUCCGUCAGUUGGUGUCCAAAGGCACCUUGGAGUCUCAUCUGACGUCAGUGCUGCGGGAGAUCAACCCGAAGCUGCCCGCCUGGUCUACCAAGGCGGCCUAUCUGUUUGAUAUCUACCAAGAGUCUGACUCCCAGGUAGCCCACUUGCUGUCAGCGGUAUACUUAUACGCUACGCGUCUCAAUUACGUCUCGCCGGACUUGGAGUGGCUCGCCAACGCCUUCGUGGCUGAGAGGAAGAUGAAGAUCGAGCAGGCGGGGGACAGCACCACGUGGUCUGCUGAGACAAGGGCGACGUUGGAAGCGGAGAUUCGCCAUGCUUUCUUUGAAAGCAAGGCGAAGGCAGAUACGCUGCUCGGCAAGGGGGUGGUCCGCCCCCUCUUCGACCCGGACAAACCGCCCAGAUUCCAGAGCCCUGUGGGCGCAGCUGAGAAAGUAGUUGACACGGCAACAAGAACGGCCCGCCGGGCGGAAGGCAGAACUUCGGAGGCGGACAAGGCGGCGGCCGCGCUAGGUUUGGCCGCGGCUUCAAAGGAGAUAGGGACAAUCAAGGAGAGCAGGGAGUAG